GCGCUUUUGCGCAGGCUUUCACGCUUGUUAUGCCUCGAAAGGAGAACGGCAGCUCGUAAAAAUGCUGGUACUCUUAACGCUGCUGACGUUGAAAGCCGCAGCUCCGAUCACUGUGCGCGAAGAGCGAGUGGUGGGCAUUGUUGGCUCGGGUGUUGCGGGCGCGGCGACGGCGCAUUUCCUGCGCGAAUCGCGGCCGGACCUGCGAGUGAUCGUCUUCGAGCGCGAUGCGGUAAUAGGCGGCCGCGCGAGGACCGUCGAUCUGGCCGGCCGUCGGGUCGACCUCGGCGCGACGGCCAUCUCGACGCUGAACCACUAUUUGCUCAACUUCACGGCUGGCAUGAAGCGCGCGAACGACGGAGGCCCGUCGACGCUCGCGAUCUACGACGGGUCCAGCUUCCGCUUCCAGAGCAGCGAGGGUACGCUGCCUCUGGCUGCGCACCUCACGGAGCGCUACGGCGCCGACUGGUUGAAAAUAAUACCUAUCGUGAGGCAGAUGGCUUCCAGACUAAGUCGAAUCUACGAGCUGCAGCGCCGCGGCGUCGCCUUCGAGACGCCGGCCGCGCUGUCAGAAGCCUUGGAUCUGUACAAUCUGACGCAAGUCAGCGCCUACGACUACUUUCGACGCAUCGGCUUGCCGUCGGAAUUCAUCUACGAGUUCAUCGAUGGGGCCUCGCGAGACAACUACAACCAGGACGGGUCACUCAACGCUCUAGCUGAUCUCGUAUCCCUCGCGGGCGCCGGCCUGGCCGGCGACGUCUUCGAGCUUCAGGAGGGAACGGCCCAGAUUCCACAACGGCUUUUGCAGGGCGCCGAAGUUCGACUGAACACCCGCGUCGAAGCCGUGCGGCUCCACCCCAGCCAGCUCAAUUAUGCGAUUCUCGACGCCGCGGGCCGCGAAACCAGCGUCGACGCGGUCGUUCUGGCUACACCCCUGGAAUUUACCAAUAUCUCACUGCCCGUCGACGUCAAAACUAGCCCGCGCCCCUACCAACCUACGUAUGUGGCGCUCGCUGCAGGGCGCCUGAGCCGCGAGGCCUUCGGCGACCGCGCGGACGAGCUCGACACUGUGCUAACUGUCGAAACUACCAAUGUGAGCUUCAGCUGUAUUGGGGUUCAUGGGGAGAGCGCCGGCGGUGAUCCGAUCUAUAAAAUCAUGAGCCGCCACCGGCUGAGCGACAACGAGCUCGACGCCUACGUCUUCGAGCGCCGGUCGUCAUCAGUCGCGCGGGCGGACUGGGACGCGUCGGGGGCCUACACGAAACUGGAGCCAUCAACCGGAUGGCCGCCGUUCGUCCUCCGCAACCGACUCUUCUACGCGAACAUGGAGUCCCCGGUCAGUUGCAUGGAGACGCAGAUCAUCUCGGGGAAGAACGCGGCGCUGCUCGUGGCGGAGGCGCUGCCUUUGUAGGAUGCCUUGUGUGACUAACUUGUAACUUGAAUACGCC